GCACGGGGCCGGGGCCGCCGUACCGCGCCGCUCCCAGAUCGGGCCGGGGCCGCCCCCCCCCCCCCCCCGCACCGCGUUGCGGUGGGGGCCGCCCGCACCACCCUCCGUGCGCUGCUCUCCCUCCUUCUUUCUCUCUCUCUCUCUCUCUCCCUUUCAACCCCCCCCCCCCCUUUUUUUUUGUGUGUGUGUGUUUUUUUUUUUUCCUCCCGCCGCCUUCCCGCUCCCAAACUUCACGCCGGGCCCCCCCGCGGCCCGCAGCCAUCAUGUCCCGCUCCCACCGGCAGAAGGAGUACAAGUGCGGGGACCUCGUCUUCGCCAAGAUGAAGGGCUACCCCCACUGGCCCGCCCGGAUCGACGAGAUGCCAGAAGCUGCAGUAAAAUCCUCCUCCAACAAAUACCAAGUCUUCUUCUUUGGGACCCAUGAAACGGCAUUCCUGGGGCCCAAAGACCUCUUCCCCUAUGAAGAAUGCAAGGAGAAGUUUGGGAAACCCAACAAAAGGAAAGGGUUCAGUGAAGGUUUGUGGGAAAUAGAGCACAACCCAACUGUCAAAGCCUCCGGGUACCAGCCCACCCAGAAGAAGACCUGCUCUGAGGACGCUGAGCCAGAGCAAGAGCCAGAGGGUGAUGGGGAGAAGAAGGGCAACGCAGAGGGCAGCAGCGAUGAAGAGGGGAAGCUAGUGAUUGAUGAGCAAUCCAAGGAGAAGAACGAAAAAGCCGGGAUCAAGAGGAAAGCAGAAGAUGCUUUGGAGGACUCCCCCAAGCGCACCAAGGAGAUGGAGGGGCAGGAAGCAGAGAAGAAGAUAGACAACGAAGAGGCCCCCAAGGAGGAGCCGAAGCCCAACCCAGCCGAAGGGGAGAAGGAGAAGAACAGUGAUGCUGCCAGCGUGCCAGACGCCAAUGAAGCCAAGCAGGAGGGCAAGGAUAAGGCAGAGGAGGUCAGAGACCACAAGGAGAGCCUGUAGUGGCCUCCCUGGCGAGCUGAUCUCCCGCUGUCCCUUCCCUGCUGGGCUCCCAGGGUGUUGCCCCAUCUCACCCUCGUCACGUCCACGGCUCCGGAAACGAGAAACAAACAGAAAAUGAAAUUAAAAAAAAAAAAAAAAAAAAAAGAAAUGAAGAGAAACCCAGUAAUGAGAACCCCUGAACCGACCUGCAUCUCCUGGCCCUGCUGUCGUGGGGCGCAUGCUUUGUAUUAGUGAUUUCUAGGGGGCUGAUCAGUUGAUUUGAAAUAAAAGCGAUUCAUGCCUU